GGUCAGGACUGCGGGACCUGCCUGCACAGUCCGGAGCCAGACCCCAGGGAUCCCAGUGGGAGAUCUGCCCCCCCAGAGCCCGGGAUCCCAGUGGGAGAUCUGCCCCCCCCCGAGUCUGGGCUCCCAGAGAGAGAUCUGCCCCCCCAGAGCCCGGGAUCCCAGUGGGAGAUCUGCCCCCCCAGAGUCUGGGCUCCCAGAGAGAGAUCUGCCCCCCCAGAGCCCGGGAUCCCAGUGGGAGAUCUGCCCCCCCAGAGUCUGGGCUCCCAGAGAGAGAUCUGCCCCCCCAGAGCCCGGGAUCCCAGUGGGAGAUCUGCCCCCCCCAGAGUCUGGGCUCCCAGAGAGAGAUCUGCCCCCCCAGAGCCCGGGAUCCCAGUGGGAGAUCUGCCCCCCCAGAUCCCGGGAUCCCAGAGAGAGAUCUGCCCCUCCAGAGCCCGGGCUCCCAGAGAGAGAUCUGCCCCCACAAAGCCAGGGAUCCCAGAGAGAGCUCUCCUGCAACAGACCCAGAGAUCUCCAGCACCCCCAACAAGCCAGGGAUCCUGUGGGAUCACCCCAAAGCAGCUGGAAUCCAGCAGCAGAGAAGUCUGACGCCCAGGAUCCAGAGAGAGCCUCUCCCGGAGCCCCUGGGAUCCAGCGAUCUCCCCCCACAGAGCCGGGGAUCCCAGGGCAGGGAGAAGGACCUGUGGGACCCCGAGAGAUCCUCCAGCCAGAGAUCCCAGAGCACACCCGCCACAGAGACAGGGAGCUGGAAACGUGCUUCAAGGAGCAGAGACCCCCGAACCGAGCCGGGGACCCCGCACCACAGACCUGCCCUGGCCUGGGACCGAGGGGCCGCCAUGAAGCUGGUGCUGUGGCUGCUGUCCAUGGCUCUGAGCCACCACGGAGCAGGUGGGUUCCUGGUGCACCUGGCCAGCGAGUGUCCCCUGGCAGCCAACGGCUCCGUGCUCUGGUUUGGCUUUGCCUUCGUCUUCAACAAGAACCCGCUGGUGUGUUACAACGACCACGACCAGCUCUUCGAGGCCUGUGACAUGGGGCUGCUCCACGACGUGGCCGUGGACAUGGCCACCCAUCUCAACUGGGACGCUGACUGGCGCCAGCGCAUGGCAGGGGGGCGCCAGGCCUGCCAGAGCCAGAUCCAGCGGCUCUGGAGCCGCACGGGGCAAAGGAAGACGCCUCCUAGUGUCCGCAUCGUCUCCAUGGCCCUGUCGAACCCCGCGGGGACCAUGCACCUCACCUGUUACGUUUGGGGCUUCUACCCGGCGGACGUGCGGGUCACCUGGCUGCGGAACGGGAGCCCCGUGGAGCCCACCGAGAACGGCCUGAGCCCGGCGCUGGCCAACGGCGACUGGACCUACCAGACCCACGUCAGCCUGCUCACCACCCCCAAGCCCGGGGACACCUACACCUGCCACGUGCAGCAUGCCAGCCUGCCCGAGCCCCACCAGGAGGAGUGGGGGCCCAGCCUGUCCCCAGGGCUGACGGUCAAGGUCAGCGUGGCUGUCGUGGUGCUGAUCGUGGGCCUCAUCGUCCUGGGCAGCGGCCUGGUCUCCUGGUGGAGGGCACCUGCCCCGGGUUAUUCUCCCCUCGCAGGGCACAACUAUGCAGGAGGCAGCACCUAACACCCCUGGGCACUGAGACCCCUGGCUCCAGCCCCCCAGCCCCAGUGGAGGAUCCCGACUCAUCCUGUCUGUCAGCCCCCCAGCUUAGCCACCCAUCCCCAUGGAGUUUCGAUCCAUGGGACCGAGACGGAACAUGUCUCCGUGCCAGCCGGGCACCGCAGUGAGGACGGCUCAGACGAGAUCCCCCAUGGAGCCUGUACAGCCCAGCACCUCCUGCUCCCCUCCCCCCACCGUGGCUGUAUAUACUGGGACCUAUAGAUGACUAUAGAGACCUCCCCUUCCCAACUCCAAGCACCAGAUGCAAGUAGGACAAAAUAACAAUAUAAUGACCUGAUUGCUGGCCUCAAGCCCCAUCCCAAAUUAGAGCUGACUACACUAUAUAGACCAGAGGGCCAAUACAGAGAUAUAAUGACCUGAAUACAGAUCCCCUACACAACCCAUUCUCAACUUCUCAACUCCGAGCCCCAGAGCCCAUACAGACUGCCCCCCCACUCUUGCACACUACACUUGUAUAGUGGGGCUAUAGGUGGAUAUAGGGACCAGACCCUGCCACCCCCUCCAGAGAGAGAGCCCCUGAGACCACAAGGACUGCCCCCCAUGUACCCACUGUGUAUAGCAGGGCCCUUAAAGGGCUAGAGGAACCCCAGGAUAGACCCCCAUCCCCAUAGACUUGGAGUCCUCUGCCCUGUACAGCUCAGUGGGGCAAUACAGGGAUAUAAUGAUCUGAUCAGAUCCCUAACCUCUUCCCAGCCCCCCAGAUCCCUCAGCAUUGGGGGAUGUGCCCAAAUCCCCACACCCGGUACAAUCCCACUCCCCCCACCAGGGGUCACCCUAGACCAGGGCUCCCACCUGAUUCAUCAUACAAUUCCCCCAUUACUCACCCAGCCACCCCUCAAGCCUGGCAGCCAACACCCCCUCUUCCCCCCCAUUAGCCCCUCCUCCUCCCAGGCAGGCAGAACAUCCUCACACCCCCACCUGGCAGACAAGCCCUGGCACUCUCCACCCCGGGGUGGGGCGCGGGCAGGGCUAUAGGGAGUGGGUGCCCGAGUCAGGGUGCUGACCGCGUGUGGUGUAUACGGAGAGGGUGGCUGUUGUAAUCUGCUGCCCCCCCAUUAAAGAUCCUCUCUGGUGCAGCAGGGAA